GACUGCCAGUAAGGUCCAGGAAGAGGAGCUGAGCACCAGACUGAGAAAUACAGAAAACCAGCUUGAUGAAUGAAGGAAAAUGAAUCAAGAAAGACCAAGAGUGGCAUUCUCAGCUGCACUGAUAGAUAGUUCCGGAAGAAACAAAGGACCGUUCAACACAGAAACUACUUUGGUCUACGGGAAGGUCAUCACCAAUAUUGGCAACGCCUACAACCCCACAACCGGUAUGUUCACAGCAACAGUGAGAGGACUCUACCACUUCACCUUCUAUUGCCAUACAUAUGGAGCCAAUAAAGCAUUUCUGUUAAUGUAUAAGGACGGAGACAUAGUUGUCGGUACGGCAGAUCACAUAACAUCUAGUGAUGGUGCAGAUAAUGGAUCUAACGGGGCGGUACUGAUGCUUGAGGAGGGAGAUCAGGUUUAUGUGCGCCUUGAAGCCAACUGAUGGAUCUGGGUCGAAGAUUAGCGCAACCUCAGCACCUUCACUGGCAUUCUGCUCUUUGCCCAGUGACACCUCAGAACACGUGAAUAAGGAGAGAUUUGAAAUAAUGAAAAAAUGGCUUAAUGUAUUGUAGAGGGCAUCACUGGUGUAAAUAACGACAAUGCUGUUUAUCACACUCUUAAGCGAAAAAAUGUAAUCGAGUUAAUCACAAAUUCAGAAUUUGCUCAAAUUGAGCUGUAAUUUAAGAUUUGUUUGACAAACUUUAUAUUGAUUAUAUAGUGGCCAGUAGUGGUCUAAUGAAAAACAAACCAUUCAGCAGUAACAGAUAAAGCCUAUUUGACCUAGAUAGUUUGUGUGUAUGCAUUGAUAUGUCCUUGAGCUGUUCUUGUCUAUUGAUGUUCUGUAUUAUGUCAUUCUGUAUUAUGUUUCAUGUUUUGUGUGGACCCCAGAAAGAGUAGCUGCUGCUUUUGCAACAGCUAAUGGGGAUCCUUCAUAAAAUCCCCCUCCCCACCGAAAAAUACCAAAGCAUUACAGA